AUGGUCUGCACCGCGAGUUCCGAUCAGUUGUGGGUUGCCACGUCGUCGCCGACCACAACGAGUCGCAGCAGUGCGCAAAGCCGACCACGUUCGUCGAGCAGAGACCGAUGGGACGAAGUCACUGAUGUCAACGACGCACGCGACGAAGAACUGGCCACGGCACUCGACCACGCGAGUCGAUUGACUACCGACGUGGUCGUGACCGACGACGACGGUCGUUGCCUCGCGAGUUCCAGACGCUGUCACGUUGCGGCAGGAGCAGACUGUGCGACGAGCGAAGACGAUGUUCGUCACUGUAGCACCGAUCCGGAAGCGGAACACGCUGGAGACGCUACUGCACGAGAGCAGCGGGUGGAGGACCAACUCGCGCGGGUGCUGGUGGACCUUGCAAGUGAGCAACGCAACGUCUGCUUGGCUGCAAAUGCAGGCAACGCACUGCUGGCGGAACUCGAUGCUGCACGGAACGAGCUCGACAGUGCGCAGGACGUCUUGGAGACUGUGCAGCUGGAGCGGGACGAAGCGGUGCGAGAGACGCAGCGGCUCUACGACCGGACCGUUGCUCUGGAGACGGCCUUGCAGCGCUACAACCACGAGUCGUGGAGCACGACGGGAUUACAGACAACACUCAGCCAUGAGCAGCAGCAGCAGCAGAUACUGUUACUUACCUCGUGCAGAGGCGUAGACCCAACCGACGCGUGCGAACAGUGCGCGACUCGAGGGGUCCGUAUGCUGCAACUUGAACAGCGUCUUGACGCGGUCAAUCGGCGGUGUUUGCAGUCGGAACUUGUUUGUGAACGGGAGCAGCUCCGCCGACAUGAGCUGGAGCAGGAGAGUGCCCAAUUGCAACAGCAGACCGACGAACAGCGUCUCGAGAUCCUACGCGCACGGAAAGAGUGUGAGCUCUUGACAGCGCAGUCCGAACAGCAAACACAGGAGCUUGACAGUGCGCGAGCGGGACGAGACACGUUGCGUCGCACCGUGCGACGAUUGGAAGGCGAAACCAAUGAGCUCCGAGCGCGCGUGUCGGCUUGUGACGAGUGCAUUCAGAAGCUUGAGGCGUGCAAAGCUCGCGCAACGACUCAGCUGCAGGUAGCAGAGAACUGCACAGCAAGCGCGCGCGUCGAGGCAGGGCGUGCUACAAAGACGCUGGAGCACUUCCAAAAGCAGUUCAUGCAGGUACUUGAGCAGCAGCAGCGCGAACGGGAAAGCAGCACCGGAUGGGGUCGCAGCUACGAUGCCGACGUGGACUUGUGCGAGAGCAAAGUCAUGGAGCAGCUCUUGCAGGACGCCACGCGGGAGGUUGCAGCUCUGCGUCUGGAAAAUCGGGUCCUUCGUCAACGACACUCGUCACGAAGCAGAUCAGACGAGAGGCAGGUGCGAGACCAGAGACGCAAGUUGUUGGGCUCGGACAACAGGGACAGCUCCAUCACGACUGCUGCGUGUGUGCUGGCACUUGACAGCCACGAUCGUGAGCAUGGCGACCCGGCGAAGAGCAAACGUGACAGUCGCACAGAGCCACAUGUGUCGUCAGACUUGCAGCGAUCGUCACUCGAGCGUGAUACGAGCGGCUCAAUUGUAGCACCCGCCAACAGGUUACCAUCAGACGAGGAGCUCCGACGGAAGAUGUCUUGGACAAUCGACUGGGUCGACAACACACCCUCGGUACGCGACGAUGCUGCAGCGAAGAACGACGAAAACCGUGCAGCGUUGCACGCUCACAAACAAGCAGGUCCAACACCGCGCGCCGUCGAGCCAAAGCCCGAGCAUUGCGAUGUGGUGCGUCACGAGAAGCAGCUCGAGAUCGAACGGGACACAGACUCGGAGCUUUCCACCAGCACGACGUCGUCACAAGUGAAAAGACCCGUCAAGCUCUCGACUCGCUGUCGAGUCACUGACCACGGCAGCACCUUCGACGCGUAUGACCGCAAAAUUGAGGAAGCUGGUCGUCUAUCGAUCGCUGGCGAGAAUGUGUACACGCGAGUUCGUAGACUGUCCGUCGAGGAGUUAAGAGGGGCGGGACUGGAGUCUCCACCCAGUUCUCCACUGUACUUUGGUCUGUCGUUCAUCGCGUGCGCCACCGCAGCUACAGCUGCCAGUCUUCUCGCUCGACGGUGA